CUUCAGUAGUCAGUGGAAAGAAGCACCCACAAGGCAGUGACUAACGAACGAAACAGCGACCAACAUGGAGAAUUGUGAAGAAUGUUUAAUCGUUCCAAAGACAAUCCAAUUCUCAUGUGCAAAUGGAUUGGGCAUUAGCAGCAGAGGGAAAAUUUUCCGUGCCACACCGCCUUCAUCUUGCAGCUGUCCACGAUAUUCAUAUCUUGGGAAUUUAUCUCGGAUACUACUACAUGUUAGCAACCGGCAACAAACAUUCGUUUACGGUUCUUUGCAAAACAUGUGCAAAGCUAGCAGCCUUGUAACCCAGCGCUAUCAUUGCGUCUAGAACAUAAAGGCAGUUGUAGCUUAUUCAGAGUCGCGAAGCCUUCGAGAAGAUUUUCCGUGAGGUAGUCGUUCG